GAGUGUUUGCAUAAUGCGCGUAAUAGGAAGUCAAAGUCUUGGUUGGCAUUGCCCAUCGUCCGGUUUCUUUUUCUUAUGCAAACUUUCUGUUAAGUAAUCCCCACAAACCUAGUGUGUAAACUUGUGUAGUUCUGGUGUUUCAUGGAUGGUUUUAUGAAAGAGAGCCUAUUAAAAUGGAUUUCAUUAAUAACUGAGAAGAAUGUUAACCUCAUAGAUGGCGAAAUCCUCAACAAUCUAAUAGACCUUUCAGGUGCUUUUCCAGCAGUUACUACCUCAGAAUGUUUCAAGGAUCGAAUUGGUUCAUUUUUGGAUGCAACUUUUCAUCCUGGAGUUUCUAAUUUAUUUGACAUCGAUGGGGUGAUUUCUGGAAAAGCUAACGAUGUGGAAUUGUUCGGGUUAUGCCUAACCGUUUUAUUGGGAUGUCUUCAAUGUCCCUCCAAACAGUUGUUCAUGGAUCCUGCUUUGGAUUUGAGUUUGGAUAUGCAAACUGCCAUAUUUCAUUUGAUUCAAGUUCCUAUGACCCAGUUAUCCCUCAGUCAUGAGUUCACUCGGGAUCUGGUCACAAGCAGAAUUCUCGAUUCAUCACAUCUUAUCCACACUGAUAACUUGCCACCUCUUCAUCAAACCAUUACUUGUAAAAUAGAAGAAGAAGUCUCAGAACCAUCAUCUAGGCCACCAUCUUCAACAGACACGUGUAACGGACAAAAAGUGAUUUGUAAUGACAAUAGAAAUUAUAGUCUUUCGGUGAACACAUUGGGAUCUGAAUUCACUCGCCCUAAUUCGCCUACAGAAUAUGCUAAUAGACAUACAAACAAGCUAAAGAAUGGUAUUGAUCACAGGCCCAAUAAUCUUUCAUUGUGUAACACUCCUGACCGAAGUCUGUGUAUUGCAUCCAGAUUGAAUUUAACCGAUAAUUCGGAACAUAAUGCGAAUCAUACUCAUCAUGCGCCUCCACCUCUAGCCUCGCCUCUCACAUCCCUAAAGUUCCUCCUAGAUUCUCCAUCAUUGACACACAAGACACAAUUUCGGGAAUCAGAACGUGAAAAGCGUCGUUUAGCAGUGGAACUUGAAAAGGAACGAAUUUGUAGAGAUGAAGCGGAGAGUUUAGUUUCUGGAUUACGAAAACAGCUUGAAGAAGCCACUGUUCGAGCAACUGAAUCAGAAUCACGGGCUCUCCGUUUAUCUCGUGAACUAACAGCCCUUCAUGAUCAGGGAGAUGAAUUAGCACACUGUCGUAAUGAAUUGGCUUUGCGAGAGGAAGAAAUUAAGAAUUUGAAACUACGCGUUAUGGGCUUUCAAGACUUAAUGGCUCAUACACGAAAGUUGGAAAUGGAAAAAAUUGAUUUACAGCAAGAAUGUGAAGAUCUUCGUCUGAAAGUAGAUCAACAGCUUUCUCAAUUAAGAGAGUUCAAGGAAAGACGUAUUAAGUGUAGUGAAAUUGAAGAACUCAAGUCAAAAUUACGUGAUGUUGAAGCUCAAUUGUUGCAACAGCUACGUGAACGUGAAAUGAUCGAAAAGGAUAUAAGACAACAACAUGAAAUGUCAACACAGCUUAAACUGCAAUAUUCCAUAAAAAAUCUUCAACCCAAUAAUAAAUCAUUAGAUAUUCAUCAAUCUAAGUCUAAUAUAGAAGAAAUUGAAUGUAGUGAACAAGGAAAUAAAGUUGUUGAUCAGCAUCCCAUUUUGAAUAAUUCAUGUCAAGAUUUGUCUAUUUUGAAACCCGGUGAAAAUUUGGGAACAGUAUUAGAGGAUGAUUUGAAAUCUGCCCGUUUAUUCAUAUCGAAACUACAAUCACAAUUCGAUGAAGAACUUGGUUCAGCUAGACAACUGCUUGAGGAAAAAACUAAGCGUUUGUAUGAGCUUGAACAAAUGAUCAGUAAUAGGCUAUCAAUAACUGAGACUACUGAUGUCACUACUCAAACUGAAGUGUCUUGUACAACAAGAACGACAACAACUAGUCCUAAUGAAUUAUUAUCACCGGAAUUAUUGCCCGCCUUAACGGUUGAUGCGUACAGUGCUGCGGCAGCAGCAGAUCGAAGAGGUCUUUCGAACGAAUUAGUUCGUUUACAUGAAGAAAUAGCUCAAUCAAAAAGUUAUGCUUGUGAAUUGGAACAACGGUUAACUGAAAUGGAAGGUGAAUUACACUGUACAAAAGAUAAAUUAAUCUAUCAAACUACUUUAAGUAACAGAAAUCAAGAAAAUUGGAUUAUGAUAGAACAAGAAUAUCGUGAAUUACAGCGUCAGCAUAGAAUAUUACAAAACAAUUUAUUGUUAAGUGAAGAAGAACGUUCUCGUGGCGGCGAAAUGAUGAUUGCAGAAAAUAAUGCUGAAUUUGAAGCAGCACGUGCAAAUUAUGAGAAAGAAAUUGGCUUAUUGAAUCAACAAUUAUUAGAGACAACAUUUGAAUGUCGUCGUCUAGAAGCAGAACGUGCUCGUGUAGCUGAACGUAAUUCUGAUUUACAACGUGAACUAGAAACGACUAGAAUUUUGGUAGAUUCAUUAAAACAAAAUUCGGAAUGCAAACCAGUUGAAUAUUCGAAUCAUAUUAGAAAAAGUGCACCGAUUAUCUCAUCAAAUCUACGUUUACCCUCUUCAAUGCCCAAUGGUGAUAAUAAUAAUAAUAAUGGUAUUUGUAAUAGUAAUGGCUUGUAUUCAAAGGGAUAUAAAGUCAAUCAAAGAUGUCUUAGCGAUUCACUUGAAGAUUGGGAGGAUAGUGAUCAUGAUCACGUUGAUCUUAAUGUUUCACCAUCACAUCAAAUUCGAUCAUCAGUAUAUCCACAUGAAGUUAAGAGUAAAUUAAAUCAUCACUAUAAUCGUGAUUAUUCGUGCAUUGUAAAUAAUCGCUUAAACGAUGAGUCCCGUAAGCCAGAAUAUAAUUAUCCUAAUAAUGAAGAGUCAAGAUAUUUAAAGAGUAAAAAACGUCAUUCAAAAUUAAGUACAGAUUCAAAACAGUUAGAUCGACUUGCUUCUAAAACACAAGAAUUGGAAGAGUUUGCUAUUCGAUUGCGUGAACAAUUUAAUGAGCAUCAAUCCUCCACACAAGUUAAUUCUUCAUCUGUAAACAUGUAUCCCUAUCUCACGGAUGUUCAUAACAAUCAAAAUGCUUUGAAAAAUACUCCUUUAGUGAUACCAAAGAAUCAAUGUCAGUUAAAUGGUUUUAAUUACGAGCUUGUUGACGAAGAUGGUGAUGAUGAUGUUGAACAAAGAGAGCAAGAUACCGAUGCUGAUUCUUCAGCGUACACAGAUUUAAGUCAAGUUUCUCCGGUAUCUCAACCUGUUGAUUCAGGAUGCCAGAAUACUAAGCUAACAACAAAGAAUUUGCAAACUACCACAUCACAUAAUGGUCAAUCGAUGCUUCAACAUCACUCGCAAUCUGUCGGGUUUAUGCCAUCAGUCUCGAAGAAUAUAAGGAGUAGUUCCCCCUUAUCUUCUGAUCCUAAUCGAUUAAAAGAAUUACAUCUACGUAAUCGAUUACAACCUUCACAUUUACGAUCAAGUUAUCCAGUUGAAACUCAGGUGAUCAAUUCUAAUGAUAUAGUUGGCACUUUGAGCCAAAUGACUACCGACAACGUGAACCAAUCACCUAAUCGAAUCAGAGCGAGUGGUCGAAAAAUGCAUCGUAAUAAUUCUCACAAUAAAGAACCUCCUGUAAGCAAUGUUGGUAGCAAUCCCACUUCUAGAACUGUUCCCUCUUCAUUAUCAAAUGAUUACCAAAAGAAUUCGCAUAUCAAAUCUAGGCACGAUAAUAAUCUUGAACUAGAAUCAACGCCUUCACCAUUAGCCGCUGGUUAUCAACCCCUCCCCAAAGAUAUACAAUCGUUUAGUGAAGCACUUAUCUCUGCAUCUGUGGAUAGUAAAGCUCUGGAUUAUGUGUUAACUACUCAUCCUAAUCUUAUCAAGUCUGCCAAUACUAAUAACGAUAACAAUAAUAAUAAUAAUCAUAACAGUAAUGGCUGUAAAUCAUCACACUCCUUGUCUUCCAGUAUCCAGAAUGUAAAUAUCCCAACUUCGGAUAGAAAACCUGGAUUCUGUAAUACUCUCCCUGAUACAUUUGCGAAACAUAACAAAAAUCGUACAAGAUAUAACGUGAAUGAACUAAAAAUCGACAGUGGUACUGGCGGUGGUUUAUCCUCUGAUAAUGAAAAUAUGAAUCCUCCUUUAUUAAAUAUUGCCUGCCGCAGAUUCACUGAUGCAGAUCUGUUCGUUAAACCAUUGGAUCCUGUUCAUGUUCAUCGUCAUAGAAGUAAAAAAGUCGAUACAUAUUCUACUUCACGUACUAAUGGUAUUUCACCAACCAGUUCUGUACAAAGUGUUGAUGAUCUUAGUGGUGCGUCAAGUAUUCGAAGUAGUAAGAGUUCAAUCGCUUUCGAAAUAAAAAAUGAUCAAAAAGUCAAUGUACGACGUUUACCAGCUCCAACUUCACAACUAUCCUCUCAAUAUCAUAAUAACAAUAGUGAUAAUAUCAAAUCACAGAAAUUAAGACAAUCAACUAAGAAAUUAAAUCAUUUCAAUUGUAAAUCUGCAUUUUCUUCAUCUAAAUUAACUACAUCAACUCCAUUAAUUCCUCAAUAAUUUCUUAAUGUUAACCAUGUAUGUACAUUAUAUUUAGUGUAAGUGGAUGUCAUCUUUUAUCAUAUCAAAAAUUUUAUUGACUGUUUCAUUGUUUCAUGAGAAUCCUUUAAUGAGAAAUCAUAGGUUCUGCAAUAUAUGCAUAUUUAGACUUGUAUAGUUCCUAACUUGACUAUUUCACUGUAGUCACCAUUUACGCUUGAACCCUUUUUUUGGGAAUGUUUUUGCUGAAAUACCAUAAUUUAUGUUAGAAACAAUAUCAAUGAGUGUCGAAUCAUGGUAUGACAUUAACCUGUUUAAGUUUUUUCCCUCUACUGUGUAGUGAAAUAUUUCGUCAUCUUUUAUAUCCUUCUAAUCAAUCUCCUUUUGUACUAUGGUGUGUGCUGCUGAUAUCGAUAGAUAUAAGUAGUAUGUAUCAUUGUGGUGAACACGAACAUCAGUGGAGGACAAUCGAAUAGAUUUGACACAAAAUUACAGGAUUUGUUAAUAAAAUCUAACAAUCAAUACGUAAUUUGCAAAAUGUCCAUCAAUUGUCUCAUAAUGACUCAGACUUCAUUGUUCUUGCAUUUUCAUACAAAUUGCAUUCUGUUUUGAUUCUUUACUGUUCGAACCUCUUGUCUCUCUGCUGCCGGACAUUCUGUUCCUGACUAACACCAUAUACUACUUAUGUGGAUAUAAGUAGCACACACCACAUCAUUCGAAAAUGAAAUACCUGGCAGCAGAAUUUCAAGAUCAAAUAAAAGAGAACGAGAACAGAGAGUGAUUAGUGUGGGAACGAAAGGACAGCGAAGUCUGAGAUUUGUCUAUUUAUUUUAACACAUAGAUAUUGGUACUAGGAGGCACUAAAUACAUAUGCGCCACACAAAUCUCAUUCGAUAUGUGUGAGGGCUGUGAUACUGCCCGGCUGCCCAGACCGAAGCAGGUGGUUUUCUUAGGGGGCCACACCUGGAGCCUUCGACCUGAAUGUGUGAUCCAUAAGGCAGUGGAGCAUCGUAAGGAGAUGCAGUCCGAUGGUAGCCUGUGACCAACAAUUGGUUCAUGCGUCAUUUGUUCCCUUAGAAUCCUGGAGACCAUGUGCACCAUUGGUUUGGAAUCUGGUUAAAGCGCCGAGCAUUCGAUUUUCGUCCUCUCAUUUUCGUAAACAACGCCGGUGGCGCGAGAAGGUAGUGAGUAGGACUUCCCUGGCAGAGUCUGUAUACAAGUGGCCAUGUGAGAGCAUUUGGAGAGGGAGAGCGGAUUCUCUCCACUCUCGGCCGUACCAGGGCAUUUGGAGGCGAAGUCUGAGAUGAUUGAUUGACAUUUAGGAAAUGAAGUAUUUACUGUAUAGUUCUCAAAUUUUACUAAGUGAUUAUGUAACAUUGUGCUCAAAUAAUAAUAAUGAUAAUAAUUAGUAUCAAGUAUUUCAUAAUUGCUUCGUAUAUUAAUAAUAACAAUAAUACCUGAUUACAUAGUAAACAAAUCAUAUAUUCUUAUUAUUGUCGUAUUUAGAUAUUUUUGUGAUCUGUAUUGUUCACAUUGAACCGCGAAACAUAAGCUGGCCAAGUAUCGUCAUCAACUUCAUCUAAGAAGCUAGUAAUUUUCUCUUUCAAUUUCCUCAUUGGAAUGUAUUCCAGUGAAUAGUCUUACUUUCUUCUUUUUUUUUUUUUACAUUACUCUCUCUCUCACACACACAUACAUACAAUCAAACUGUUUUAUUGUUCCUAUGUUUAAUAAACCUUGAUGCUACUUACCAGAAUCCACAAUCUUGCUGAUUUAUUUACUUUUUUUUCCAAGUUUUUUGUACAUUCGAUUUCGUGUGUGUGUGUGUGUGUGUGUGUGUAUUUACCUUUUCUUUGUGUCUUUAUUCCAUUGGUGUCGAAUACUGUUGAAUUUCUCAUUUUGUCUUCUUUAUUACCAUUAUCAUUCAUUACCAUCAUUCAUCGCCACUCUCAUUAACAUCUCUCUGUGUAAUGCUUUUUAUUAGUUUAUUUUUUUAUAGAAUUUUUAAGGUAUACACAAAAAUGUGAGGGGUGGGGGAAGACUAAGAAAAAGAAACUUAUUGGCUGAUCCCGGUUCUUCAUAUUUUUUUCCCUUUUUUUUUCUAAAAAAAACUAUUUUAUUCUACUAUUGAAAGUUGUAUAUUUUGUUGAAUAAUG